CUGCUACAGUGAGGUGAGAAGCCACCCAUGCACUCAAGCGUGGGAAUCUGGAGAGGUCUCAGGCACUUAUACCCCCAGCAGAGGAAACUCACAGAGCUGCAGGCUGAGGCAGAGAGCCAUCUCCUCUGGGAAAUAGUGGAUUUCCUUUGGCUCCAAAAUGCUGACAAGAGUGGAGUCCUUCUGGUGGAUUGACAAGCCUGGAGAAGAUACCACCUCGUUUGUUUAAAAGUUCAAGUCUGAGUUCCUGCCUCUCAGCUAUAUCAAAACUUCUUUAAAAAUAAAGGAAGUAUAGGGAAGAGGUUACUCCCCAGCAUUCUCAGGUAUCCAAAGCAUACCUAAGAAGCUGGCAGUCCGUUGCUUAUUGUGUUGCCGCCAUGCAGUCUAAGCACUUUGGGAGCCAGAACCCAAGUUGUAAGAUUACGAUCGUCCACCCAACCAUGGAAGAAUUUGAAGAUUUCAGCAAAUAUAUUGUUUACAUGGAGUCGCAAAAUGCACACCGAGCUGGCGUAGCCAAGGUAAUUCCACCGAAAGGAUGGAAAGCCAGACAGACGUACGAUGGUAUCGAUGACAUCUUAAUAGCCGCUCCCCUCCAGCAGGUGACCACUGGGCAGGCAGGUGUGUUUACUCAGCACCACAAAAAGAAGAAAGCCAUGACCGUGAGCGAGUAUCACUGCUUAAGACUGAAUGACAAGACUCCAUUCUACUCUGAUUUUGAGGAUCUGGAGCGAAAAUAUUGGAAAACACGCCCCUAUGAUUCACCAGUAUAUGGUGCAGACGUCAGUGGCUCCUUAUUCGAUGAAAACUCGAAGCAGUGGAACCUUGGACACCUGGGAACCUUUCAGGACCUGCUGGAACAGGAGUGCGGAGUGGUCAUCGAAGGCGUCAACACCCCCUACCUGUACUUCGGCAUGUGGAAGACCGCCUUCGCCUGGCACACAGAGGACAUGGACCUUUACAGCAUCAACUGCCUGCACUUCGGGGAGCCCAAGACUUGGUACGCGGUGCCCCCGGAGUACGGCCGGCGUCUGGAACACCUGGCCAGGGAGCUUUUCCCGGGCAGCUCGCGGGGCUGUGAGGCCUUCCUGCGGCACAAGGUGGCUCUCAUCUCGCCCACGGUCCUCAAGGACAACGGCAUCCCCUUCAGUCGGGUCACUCAGGAGGCUGGAAAGUUCAUGGUGACAUUUCCCUAUGGCUACCACUCUGGCUUCAACUGCGCGGAAGCCAUCAAUUUUGCCACCCAGUGCUGGAUUGUUUAUGGCAAAGUGGCCUGGGAAUAGGGCUCUGCAUGACCUUUGGAAAGAUCUUCGUCAGAAUAAGGGAGAUUUCAGGUGAGCACCCUUAGGAUAUUAAAAAUGGGUGGUUGGGUGGGGACUCUAAAAGGGACCUAUAAUUACCAGCUGCGAAGGGAGUUGGAUGUUAGAAUAGUAACAUUAAGACCAGAGCCCUGUAAGGUACUGAAAUUGUGUGUGUGGGUGCGUGU